UCGCCGCCAGGACGUCUUCCGUGGACAUAAACCAUCUCCAUCAACAAUACAGAUAGAUGUCGAGAUCCUUCACCAUCCGCGUCCCAGCGACGUCUGCAAACAUUGGGCCCGGAUUCGACGUCGUCGGCCUCUCGCUCUCGCUCUAUCUCACCCUCUCAGUGACCGUCUCGUCGCCCUCCGCUCCGUCUGCCGAAGAGCCCCCGCUCAUCCGCUACUCCGGCGAGGGUGCGGACGAGGUCCCGCUCGACGCAUACAAGAACCUCACCACCCGCGUCGCGCUCUACGUCCUCCGCUGCCACGGCGUCCCCGCCUUCCCCGCCAACCUCACCAUCCACGCCGCCAACGAGAUCCCCUUCGGGCGCGGGCUCGGGUCGUCCGGCGCGGCCGUCAUCGCGGGCGUGCUCCUCGGCAACGAGCUCGGCGCGCUGCGCCUCUCGCGCGCGCGCAUGCUCGACUUUGCGCUCAUGGUCGAGCGCCACCCGGACAACGUCACCGCGGCGCUCGUCGGCGGCUUCGUGGGCUCGUACCUGCGCGAGCUCGACCCCGCCGCGACGGAGGCCGCAAGCGUGCCCCUGAGCGAGGUGCUUCCGGAGUACCCGCCGGACGCGGGGGCGGACUGGGGCGUGCAUCCCCCGCAGCCUCCGCUGGGCAUCGGGCACUACGUGCGGUUCGGCUGGUCGGAGAGCAUCAAGGCAGUCGCGAUCAUCCCGCGGUUUGAGCUGAGCACAGCCAAGGCGCGGGAGGUGCUGCCCUCCAGCUACUCGAGAAAAGACCUGGUCUUCAAUCUGCAGCGGUUGGCUGUGCUGACCACGGCACUCGCACAAAAUCCCCCUGAUCCAGAGCUGAUAUACGAGGCAAUGAAGGACAGAGUACACCAGCCAUACCGGAAAACACUGAUCCCCGGCCUGCCAGAGGUCACGUCUCGCAUAACGCCUUCAAGCCAUCCUGGUCUCCUAGGCAUCUGUCUCUCUGGUGCCGGACCUACCAUUCUUGCCCUUGCCACCAGCGGAUUCGAAGCGAUCGCCGAGGAUGCACGAGCGAUCUUCCGCGAAAAGAAUGUCGAGGUAGACUGGAAGCUGCUCACCGUCGUCGGAGGCAGCACCGUAGAGCCGUAGACUACACGGCACGCUCAAGCCUGCAUGGACCGUCGCAAUGAGAUAGAACCUCCAAGAUCAUGC